AUGGCCGCCAUCUGGGGAAAUGGUGGACAGGGCGGGCAGUUCCCCUUGGAGCAAUGGUUCUAUGAAAUGCCUCCAGUUACUCGAUGGUGGACUGUUGCGACCGUGGCUACUUCAGUAUUGGUGCAAUGUCAUAUCCUGACACCAUUUCAACUGUUCUACAGCUUCCGCGCAGUUUACGUCAAGUCUCAGUACUGGCGGCUUCUCACAACGUUUCUCUACUUCGGUCCAUUAAGUCUCGAUCUACUCUUCCAUGUCUUUUUCCUUCAGCGGUACUCGCGACUCCUCGAAGAAUCUUCCGGUCGAUCUCCCGCUCAUUUUUCAUGGCUUUUAUUCUACGCGAUGACCUCUCUCCUCCUCAUUUCGCCAUUUCUCUCUCUUCCCUUCCUAGGCACCGCCCUCUCCUCCAGCUUGGUGUACAUUUGGAGUCGCCGCAACCCAGACACUCGACUCAGUUUCCUUGGCAUUUUGGUCUUCACUGCGCCAUAUCUUCCCUGGGUUCUGAUGGCCUUCAGCUUGGUUGUGCACGGCAUUGUACCCAAGGACGAGAUUUGUGGCAUUGUUGUCGGCCACAUCUGGUACUUCUUCAAUGACGUCUACCCGUCGCUUCACGGCGGCCAUCGCCCCUUAGAUCCGCCACAAUGGUGGAGGCGAAUUUUUGAUCCGAGAACAAGAGCUGGGGAGGCACAAAGAACAGAUACGGCUAAUGUAAACCGCAAUUUUGCCGCCGCCGCGGCGCCUGAGGUCCGAUGA